AUGAGCUUUCCAACAGAUCCUUUCGCGAGGUUUGGUCGCGCCUUGAGCGAUUCGUCCCUGCUCAAGUGCCACGGCCUCAUUGAGGGCCGCUGGCAAAGCCCCCCGUCCCGCUCAACUUUCCCCGUCUACGAGCCUGCUUCCGGCGCCGUCCUUCUCGACUGCUCAAAUUUCAGCCGUCACGAUAUCCAGAGAGCUAUCUUGAGCGCAAACGCUGCCCAGAAGAAGUUCUACACAUCCACAACGGCGGCUCAGCGUGGGAAGCUGUUGAGAGCUUGGUACGACCUUAUCCUCGCAAACAAGGAAGAUUGUGAGCUGCCCGAGGAAAUCCCUACCCGAUCUAAUAUUCUUGCUAACACUUAUCCCCAAGUGGCCACAAUCCUGACCCUCGAGAACGGCAAAGUUAUCGCAGAGGCUAGAAGUGAAGUCGAGUACGCGGCUUCUUUCGUAUCUUGGUUUGCUGAAGAGGCUACCCGCUCUUACGGCGAUGUUAUCCCGUCUUCGACCCCUGGGGCGACGAUUUUUACGAUAAAGGAGCCGGUCGGGGUAUGCGGCAUCAUCACCCCCUGGAACUUUCCUGCGGCCAUGAUCACGAGAAAGGUCGCACCAGCUCUUGCAGCCGGAUGUUCCGUUGUCGUCAAGCCGCCGAGCGAAACACCCUUCACAGCUCUAGCCCUAGCACAGCUCGCAGUCAGAGCGGGCAUCCCGGCAGCCUGUGUGCAGGUGGUCCCGACCAAGGAUCGCACAGCGGCGUCGGAGCUCGCUUCUAGUGGCAUCAUCAAGAAGUUGAGUUUCACCGGCUCAACUGAGGUCGGCAAGUAUCUGAGCACACUCGCGGCCAAGACUGUCAAAAAGAUGAGCAUGGAGUUGGGUGGAAACGCUGCCCUUAUUGUGUUUGACGACGCUGACUUGGACUUGGCCGUGAAAGGAGCGAUGCAAUCCAAGUUUCGCGCAACCGGCCAGACUUGCGUUUGUGCCAACCGGCUUUUUGUGCACGCCUCGGUUGUCGACGAGUUUGCCAGACGAUUGACCGAACAAGUCAGUCAGCUCAAGCUAGGGUUUGGCCUCGAAGAGAAUGUUACCCAGGGCCCGUUGGUGAACAAGUCCUCGGUCGAAAAGGUCGCUAGACAUGUCCGCGAUGCUCUUGACCACGGAGGAGAGCUUUUGUUUGGCGGUAAGCGUCCUUCACACCUUGGCAAUGGAUACUUCUUCGAACCCACGAUCAUCAAGAAUGCCACAACAGACAUGGCUGUAGCACACGAGGAGACAUUUGGACCCUUGGCAGCCAUCUUUAGCUUCAGAGACGAGCAAGAGGUAAUCCAGCUUGCGAACAGCACGCCUUUCGGUCUGGCCAGUUACUUUUUCUCCCGGGACCUGCACCGUGUUCUCCGGCUGGCCAACGCCCUGGAGGCCGGCAUGAUCGGCGUGAAUACGGGAGCCAUCAGCGCAGCGGAAACACCUUUUGGCGGCAUCAAGGAGAGUGGUUUCGGAAGAGAAGGGAGCAAAUAUGGACUCGAGGAGUACCAGGUUAUCAAAUCGGUGACGAUUGGUUCCAUGGAGGCCUAG